UUUGAAGAUCUGGCUUUGAUCAGUCAUCGUGUCUUUAAAAACAAAACAGCGAAGCCAACGUAACUUUUGUGUCUAGUUUAUGGAAAGAGCAAAGCCUCUCCCCCUCUGUAACACUGAGAUGCCAAACAGACAGGUGUGGGUGUCAGACCAGGUGGCUCUGAAAUGCCUCUGUUCCAGUACUUAUUGUUAAAGGCAUUGGAGAAGGCUCAUGGAGUUCCUGCCGCCCUUCCGACGCGUGCUGCAGCCCGAGGAGAUGUGGCUCUACAAAAACCCCUACGUCGAAGCGGACCAUGUUCCCACCGUCCUCAUGUUUUUCAUCGCGUUUCUGUCUCCCUUGUUGCUCAUCAUCCUGGCAAGGCUGUUCAUGGGUGCCGACCGCGAGGACUCGAGGGAAGCCUGCCUUGCUGCCAGCCUUGCUCUUGCCCUGAACGGGGUUUUUACAAAUGCCCUGAAGCUCAUUGUGGGGAGACCACGGCCUGACUUCUUCUACCGCUGCUUCCCUGACGGUCGAGCCAACGCCGAGCUGCUGUGUGCGGGGGACAGCCGCAGAGUGACAGAGGGACGCAAGAGCUUCCCCAGCGGACACGCGUCCUUUGCCUUUGCUGGCCUUGCCUUCUCUGCCUUCUACCUGGCGGGGAAGCUGCACAGCUUCGUUCCGGGGCGGGGGGGCCGGGCCCUGCGCUUCUGUGCCUUCCUCCUCCCCCUCUUCCUGGCCACCCUCAUCGCCGUGUCCCGCACCUGCGACUACAAGCACCACUGGGAAGAUGUGUUGGUUGGCUCAGUGAUGGGCUUGGUGCUCGCGUACCUGUGCUACAGGCAGUACUACCCUCCCCUGACCGACGCCACGUGCCACAAACCAUCUCUGGCCAAGCCCAAAACGCUGCCAGCACAUGAGGAGAAGCCUCCAGCUCCCAACUUCCACAUGAACGUCUAGUGUUGAGCUCUGUCCUGCCUGCUCCCUGGAUGCCAGGGCAGGGCAAGGCUUGGGGCAGGCUCUGAUGAGGAUGAACCCCUGGGCAGGUGUUCCCUGCCGAGCCGGUGAGUUUCCUGCCCUGGCCCUCGUGUUUCAUUUCACUGAGUUUUGUAGGCCACCCCCUCUUGAGGCUCGCUGUGGAGCGAGGGAGGCACUCGGGGUGCCAACCUGCAGGGCUCUGAAGGUCCUGAACAGGAACUGGGAAAACGUGACAACCCAGUGUGCCCAGUCUGGUGGGAGUUCUUGUGUACAGUCUAGGAAGCACCACCGGUCACCUCCCUGCAAUCCAGCCAAGAUGUCCCAGCCCUUCUCCUGGGAAAUCAAAUGCAGG